AUGGACAAUAAAUGGGACAUUAUCGCGGAGAUACCUGAUCUAACCGGCAAAGUGGCCAUUGUAACGGGUGCAAAGUACAUCGAUUAUUCAAGAUGGAAAGGAACAAUAGCUGAUCAUAAGAGUAGCUCGCCACAGGGGAUCGGAUAUCAUAUCGCCCACCAGCUUGCCAUCAAGGGGGCCAAAGUGUACGUUGGUGCACGAAAUAGAGAGAAGAGCCAAAAUGCGAUCGAUGAGAUGCUUCAAUCCACGCCUUCUCUAGUUCAUGAGCGAUUAGUCCCGUUGGCUAUGGACUUAAAUGAUUUUCAGCAGGUACAGAGCACGGCUAGAGGUAUCUUAGAGAGGGAGGAACGCUUGGAUAUCUUGGUCAACAAUGCUACGCGCUUUCUCGGCCCAUAUCUAUUUACCACGGAGCUUCUUCCACUUUUAAAAAUGACUGCUCGUCAAGCACCUGGAGUGCGGAUUGUUAAUGUCUCUUCGAGGGUUCACCUUGCCCUUCCGACCGGCGUACAAUUUAGCUCUCUGGAUGACUUCAACCAAGACUUUGGUUCCGAAGAUGAUCAUCAAAGCAACCGCCUUCGCUAUGGUCUUUCCAAACUCGCCAUGGUACUCUUCUCCAAGGAGAUACAGAGACGUGCGAACGAAGAGGGAAUACCCAUGGUGGCCACGAGCAUGCACCCUGGUGGUGUGAGAACCGAUAUUUCGGUGAGGGGAAUGAUAGACUCAAGGAUCUCUUGA